GGGAGGAGGCGGAGAGAGGAAGGAGGCGUUGGCUGAGGAGGAAGAGGGAGGAGGGGCAGGGAAGUUCUGGCGGAGCGGAGGCCAGAGACUCCCGAGGAGACAACGGGAGGCUACGGCGGAGUUCCUCGCUGCUCGGCGACCUCUCCGGAUCUUUCUGGACACAAGUCAGUCCGAGACGGAGGAAAGGAGGAAGCGGCUUUUAUGUCGGAGGACAGUCAGAGGAGCUCUAUCCGUCACCGUUGCCUCACAUCCGGGGCUCUGGAGGGCAGGCUCCGCCCCCUUGCACCUUUCAAGGCUACCGGAGGCGUAGACCUCUUUAAAUCCCUUUAAAGGGGUGGGCACCAAACUUGGCCGACUCCAACGCCAGCCUUAAAGGGGAAAGCUGCCGAAGCUGACAAACAGAACUCCUGUUGGAAGAACUGGGGCAAGCGGAGUUUUCCCACCUCUCGUCCCACGCAAGAAGUUCUUUAAAUUCAUCUUAAAGGGGAAGUGGCAGCCUGUGGCGGACUAGAAACUUAACUGCGAGCUCUUAAAAGGAACGGCCUGCUGUUUGAAAGCCUCUGGACUCUUUAAAGGGGUGGCCUCUUUCAGCCGGAGGACUUAAGACACUUUUAAAGGGGAGGUCGCGCUUUCCGCCCCUUUUAAAGGGGUGGCCCUUCCUCUUCCUCUGGGAGACUUGCCUCGACCCCUGGCACGGGGCCGCCGCCGCACUAGACCAGCCGGACACGGUGGAGUCGUCUUAAAGGGGCCGGGGGCUGGACAGUUUGAGGCCUCGCCUUAAAGGGACGGCCGCUCAGUUUUCGUCGUCGCGGCCCCGCCAGCCCUACAGGGGGGGCCUUCAGGCUUGUCGCCCCGGGGGCGGCGCCGGCUCUCUGGGCCUUGGCCUUGGGGCAAGCCAGGGGCCAGCGGAUCCUGUUUUAAAGAGGAAGCCGGAGCUCUCCCGUCCCUCUGCGAACGGCAGCACCGCGCCCGCGACCCCGGGCCUUUGGACAGGCCGCUUCGGGCCCCGCCGCCUCCGGAUGCGGCGCUGAGGGCCGUCACCAUGGAGACGGCCGCGGCCCCAGGCCCGGGCUGGGCAGCUGAGGGGGAGCGGCGGCGAAGACGUUGCUCUCGGCGAGACCGUGAUCGGGAGCAGCGGCGCCGCCGAGGUCCUGGCGGUGACGCGCCCCGGGCCUUGUUGGCCGCCCCGCGCGGCUCUUCAUCCUCGUCGUCACCGCCGCCGCCCGCCCGGCCCUGGUCGUCAGCUUCGUCUGGAGAGCGGCCUGGGGGCCUGAGACGGCGGCGGCCCCGACCCAGGCCUCGACCCCCGAGACCGCGAGCUCGGAAGCGGCCUGCCGGGUCGGGCAGCCGAGGAGAGGAAGAGGAGGAAGAGGAAGAGGGGCCCGCAGACGACGGGGAAGCCGAGGAGGAGCCUGAGGAGGAGGAAGAAGAGGAGGAAGACUUGAUCGAUGGCUUUGCCAUCGCUAGCUUUGCCAGCCUUGAGGCCUUGCAGAAGGAUGCAUCUCUUCAGCCACCAGAGCGACUGGAACAUCGGCUGAAGCAUUCUGGGAAACGGAAGAGGGGGGGCUCCAGUGGGGCCACUGGGGAGCCAGGGGACAGCUCAGAACGUGAGCCUGGCCGGCCCCCUGGGGAUAGGCCCCGCAAAUGGCCCAAUAAGCGAAGACGGAAAGAGGCCUUCUCCCGUCACUCUGUGGAAGCUGGAUAUAUAUGUGACGCAGAAAGUGAUCUGGAUGAGAGGGUCUCCGAUGAUGACCUCGACCCUUCCUUUACUGUCUCGACCAGCAAAGCCUCGGGUCCUCAUGGCACCUUCAAUGGGAACUGUGAAGCAAAACUGUCUGUGGUCCCUAAAGUGUCGGGCCUGGAGCGGAGCCAAGAGCAGCCCCCAGGGCCCGACCCGCUGCUAGUGCCUUUCCCCCCAAAGGAACCACCACCUCCACCAGCCCCUCGGCCUCCUGUCUCAUCCCCUACACCCUUACCAGCUACCCCCAGUCUGCCACCCCCACCCCAGCCCCAGCUGCAGCUUCGGGUCUCACCCUUCGGCCUCCGGACUUCUCCCUAUGGCAGCAGCCUGGACCUCAGCACUGGCAGCUCUUCACGGCCGCCCCCCAAGGCCCCGGCCCCUCCCGUGGCUCAGCCUCCCCCCUCAUCAUCCUCUUCGUCCUCCUCCUCCUCAUCUGCCUCCUCCUCGUCCGCGCAGCUCACCCACCGGCCCCCGACGCCCUCACUGCCCCUGCCUCUAUCCACCCACAGCUUUCCUCCCCAUGGGUUGCGCCCACCACCACCACCCCACCACCCCUCCUUGGUCUCCCCUGGCCCCACCCUGCCCCCACCCCCACCUCUGCUGCAGGUGCCAGGGCACCCUGGGGCCUCAGCCGCUAACGCCCUUUCUGAGCAGGACCUGAUCGGCCAGGACCUGAACUCUCGCUACCUGAAUGCCCAGGGUGGCCCUGAGGUGGUGGGGGCAGGGGGCUCGGCCCGGCCCCUGGCCUUCCAGUUCCACCAGCACAACCACCAGCACCAGCACACCCACCAGCACACCCACCAGCACUUCACCCCCUACCCCCCGGGCCUGCUGCCUCCCCACGGCCAUAUGUUUGAGAAAUACCCAGGAAAGAUGGAAGGCCUUUUCCGACAUAAUCCGUACAUGGCCUUCCCUCCCGCUGUGCCCGGGCUCCCUCCCGGUCUCCCGCCAGCUGUCUCCUUUGGCUCCCUGCAGGGGGCGUUCCAGCCCAAGAACACGAACCCUGAGCUGCCACCACGACUGGGGCCAGUGCUGAGCGGGCUCCCCCAGAAGGGAACACAGAUCCCUGAUCAUUUCCGGCCACCUUUGAGGAAACCAGGAAAGUGGUGUGCCAUGCACGUGCGUGUGGCUUACAUGAUCCUGAGACACCAGGAAAAGAUGAAGGGUGACUCCCACAAGCUUGACUUUCGGAACGACCUCUUGCCCUGCCUUCCGGGGCCCUAUGGGGCCCUGCCCCCUGGGCAGGAGCUCUCCCACCCGGCCUCCCUCUUCACUGCGACUGGAGCCGUCCAUGCUGCAGCCAAUCCUUUCACAACAGCUCCCGGGGCCCAUGGACCCUUCCUGAGCCCCAGCACCCACAUUGAUCCCUUUGGGCGUCCCACAAGCUUUGCCUCAUUGGCUGCCCUUUCCAACGGGGCCUUUGGAGGCCUGGGCAGCCCCACAUUCAACUCCAGCGCCGUCUUUGCCCAGAAAGAAAGUCCAGGAGCCCCACCAGCCUUUGCCUCCCCACCAGACCCAUGGGGCCGCCUGCACCGCAGUCCUCUUGCAUUUCCUGCUUGGGUCCGACCUCCUGAAACUGCACGGACACCGGGCUCAGACAAGGAGCGACCUGUGGAGCGAAGAGAGCCCUCUGUCACCAAGGAGGAGAAAGACAGGGACCUCCCUUUCUCACGGCCCCAGCUGCGAGUUUCUCCUGCUACUCCUAAGGCCAGGGCUGGCGAGGAAGGAGCCCGUCCAGCCAAGGAGUCUGUGCGGGUAAAGGAAGAGCGGAAAGAAGAGGCUGCUGCUGCUGCUGCCGCCGCCGCCGCCGCUGCAGCUGCUGCUGCUGCCGCCGCUGCUGCCGCUGCUGCAACCACUGGGCCUCAGGGCCUUCACUUGCUUUUGGAGAGGCCCCGGCCACCCCCUUUUCUUGGCCCUAGUCUGCCAGAGCGCUGUGCAGGCUUCUCAGAGCCGGCCUGGUUGGCAGGGCCCCCACGCCUGGCCAGGCCACCACGCUUCUAUGAGGCAGGUGAGGAGUUGACUGGACCAGGGGCCAUGGCCGCUGCCCGCCUCUAUAGUCUAGACCCUGCUCAUCCCCUGCUCUACAGCCGUUUGGCUCCUCCACCACCACCUACUGCAACUCCAGGAACCCCUCACCUUCUCAGCAAGACCCCACCAGGAGCCCUUUUGGGAGCACCACCACCUCUUGUGCCCGCUCCCCGGCCCAGUUCCCCACCUAGGGCCCCUGGCCCAGCCCGGGCUGACAGGUGAGGAGAGGUGAGGGGCAGGGGCAAAGCUCCACCCCCUUUCCCCAUUCCUUGUGACAAAGUCCUAGGGCUGAAGUUUUUAAGCCAGGGUUGGAAGGCAAAGGUCACAAUCUCAUGGCCAUCUCUGAAGUCAUGGACCUGGGAGUAGAAUCCCCAACCCCCCCUCCCACAAGGUCAAGUAUCUCGUGGACUGUGGGAUCACUGGGAGGACAGAGGUCAUAAGCCUCUAGAAAGAAGUGUGUGUGUGAGUGUGAAUGUGUGAGUGUGCACACGUGUGCGCCUGAGGGGGUUAUUUCAGAGGUUAUGGCUCAUGAUCUAAGGUGCACCAUGCCCCCUCUAAGGGCCUCUAGGCCCUUGGCCUGCCUCCCCAAGGGCUCACUAAGCCAGAGGCCAAAGUGCCCCCCUCCCCUUCACCUAACACCCAAGUUCUCAUGCCCUCUUAGGGCUGAGGAAGGAGGAACUAAAGGAAAAGGGGCUCCAUGUACAUAUUUAUCACCCCUUCCACAAAUCUCCCCAGACCUUUUGUACAUUUUUACAGGGGUGCCCCUCCCAACAAUCCCCUUCCUGGUUAAUUAAAUCCUCAGACUGGUGCUGUGUUCCUAGCCUCUGGCCUCUCUGUAGGGGGAGGGUGUCCCAGGGGAAGAGCCUGGAGGGGACAGGCAGGAAUCCAGGGCUUGACCCUGGGUGUGUGGGGUCCAUCAGGAGGUAGAUCAACAGGGAAAGGGACCUAGAAUCUAGGCUGGAGGGAAGGGCAAACACUAUUCGGCUGUCAGCCCAGGUUCCCCCAGACUUGUUCUAUUCAUUCUGUGUGGCCCACUACUCUAACAGACUCAGCCUUCAAGCCUCAGACUCCUCUUAAUGGCUAAGUUCCUACCACCACCCUAUUUCCAAGUGCCCUCAGGACUCCUGGGCCCUGUUCCACAGAACCCUGUCCCAAACUAAGGGAGAGGUGGCCAGAGAAGGUCACCAUGAAACACACACCAAAGAAGGGGGUUGGUUCAGGGAUGGGCAACACAGGCAGCUUCUUCAGCAGCCUCCCAGCAGCAGCCCCAGCCUUCCCAAAGCAGCAGCACCUCCAGGCUGGGGCCUAACUAGAAGGCAGGGCUCAGUUUAACAAGACCGGAACUUUGACUUUUUCCCCAGUGGGGCUUAUUCUGUAAUAUGACUUGCGAAUAUUUAUAUAAAAAUGAGUGUUACAAUGAGA